CAAUUGCAAUUCUCUUGGAGAAGUAUAUGAAGCUCAAGGACUCAAUGGUAGUGGAUCACAAGUAGUUGCAGCCACACAAUCAAAUUUGGUGGAAACAGAAGUCACUCAGCUUGUAUUUCCUCAAGUAACGUACCUGCAACUUAGAGAGCUACCCAAUUUCAAGGGUUUCUUCCCUCAAAUCCACAUCACAAAAUGGCCAUUGUUGAAAAGAAUGCUUGUGGAACAAUGUGACAAGGUGAAGACAUUUGCUUCAGAAUUUCCAAGCCUCGAAACAACAUAUGGAGACAACCGACUUGGAAGGCAAACUCAAGAUCCUAUGUUUUGGAUUGGCAAGAGGUAGUCAUAACAAACCCCCAACUGCGCAAUGGUCCAAAAACACACUCAUGAGCUUACAAAAAUCUUCGUGACGUAGGACAGAUGGCAUGCUUUUGCAUUAUGUAGCUUAAUCGCAAAACACGUUAUACAAAGAAUUUGUAUUGUAUAUCAUACCCUUUUUUCUAUUUUGUAUUUUUUUAUUCAAUUUAUAACACGUAUUUCUUAAUUUGUCAGGAUUCAUUCCCCUGUCUAGAACAACUGGAAUUCGCACAGAAUGAUAACUUGACGAAGAUAUGGUGUGGUCAAUAUCCAGGGGUCUAUUUUCCCAAACUAAAAGAUAUUGAACUCCACGGACUCCAAAAUUGUUCAGCUCUUUUUCCUUCUUUUAAUUUCUUCUUCCAGACACUACCCAGUCUUGAGAAGCUGGAUGUGAGUAAAGCUUCCUUUCAUGAAAUAUUCCUAUGUGAAAGACUUCAUAGUGAGGGAAGACCUGUAUAUGCGCCCUCUCGGUUAAGUGAAUUAAAAUUAUCAAAACUUAAUGGGUUAAUGCAUCUUUGGAAGGAAGAAUCUCACCUCAAAUCGAUUUUCAACAACUUGAGAACUCUAGAGGUGCUUGAGUGUAUCAAAUUGGUGAAUUUAGUGCCAUCAGUUGUAUCUUUUGAGAACCUGCAAACUCUAGAAAUAUCAAAAUGUCAUGGACUUGAAAAUUUAGUGAGUUACUCAACAGCUAAAAGCUUAGAACAGUUGAAAAGAAUGAGCAUAACUGAUUGUGACUCGGUGGAAGAAAUUGUCAAAUGCAUGGAAGAUAAUGUGAAGGAUGGAAUUGUCUAUAGCCAACUCCAGUCUUUGCAACUUCGUGGUCUUCCCAAACUGUCAAGCUUUUGCACAGGGAAGUGUGACUUGGAGUUCCCAUCUUUGAAAGAAGUAAUUGUGAUAGGAUGUCCACAGAUGAAAUAUUUUUCCUUGGGAAAGACAGUAACAAAGGAAUUACAAAAUGUUCAAUGGAUAAAUGAUGAAGAGAACAGACACCGGGUAGGCAAUCUUAACAGCACAAUACAAGAUGAAGAGAACAGACACUGGGUAGGCGAUCUUAACAGCACAAUACAAGACUUAUUCACUCAAAAGGUUGGAUACUUUGGGUUUAAAAGUUUGAAGCUCUCCGAAUUUUCUGAAUUAAUUCGAAUUUGGAAAAAGAAUUCUGAAGAAUUAACAUUACCUUUCAAAAAUCUUCAAUCUUUAGAAGCUCAUAAUUGUAGCAGCUUGAGCUACCUCCUAACCCCUUCCAUGGUAUUGCGCCUUGGGCAACUCAAGAGCUUAAAGGUAAAAGACUGUGCAACAAUAGAACAAGUGAUCAUGGUUACAAGAGUUGGGGAGGUAGUUGAACCUGACUCAAUAUUAUUCCCACAACUAAAGUCCAUUUCACUAGAGUCUUGCUCCGAGCUGUCAAGUUUCUAUGUGGGAAGUGAGACCCUCAACUUUCCAACGUUGGAGGAAAUUAUUGUAAAGGACUGUCUGAAAAUGGUAAGAUUUUCUUCCAAAUUUUUAAGUGGGCAAGAGAAAGAGACAACUGAUGGAAGAAGUGAGGAAAUGCUUGUCAAGAAAGAACCUAAUAUCUUCGUUGAGGCUUUUUUUUGUGAUAAGGUUGAGUUUCAUAAUUUGAAGAUUUUGAAGCUAUCUUCAAUUAACAUUAAUCAAAUUUGGCACAAUCAGAUUUCAGAAAACCCUUCUAUUAAAAAUUUAAAAGAGUUGGUUGUGGACGGUUGUGGUACUUUGAAAUAUCUACUGACAUCCUCUAUAGUUCAGAGUUUUCAGCAAGUCACAGUGCUCAAGAUUUCUGGCUGUAAGAUGAUGGAAGGGGUAAUAGUCUUAGAACAAUUAGAAGAAGAGAAAAGGAUGAGGCGGACUCUCUUUCCUAAGCUAGACUCUCUAGUUCUCCAAGAACUUCCAAAACUCACUAGAUUUUGUUCUGGAAAUUUUUUUGAAUUCCCCUCCCUUACAAAACUUACAAUAAGCAAGUGCUCUAUGUUGAAGACAUUCAUCUCCGGUUUUGCUAUAGGGAACACGACAAUCAACACUGAAAAUGAAGUGAAUGCUGCACCAUCUCUCUUUUGUGAAAAGGUCAAGUUUCCCAAUUUGAACUUUUUGGAGCUAUCUUCACUCAACAUGAAUCAAAUUUGGAACAAGAAUCAUGAAGAAAUCUCAUCUUUCAAAAAGCUUCAACAUGUAGAAGUUUGUAAUUGUAGCAGCUUGAGCUACCUUCUGACACCUUCCAUGGCAUUAGGCCUUGUGCAACUCAAGGACUUGAUGAUAAAAGAUUGUGAAACAAUGGAACAAGUGAUCAUGGCUGCAGGAGUUGAGGAGGUAGUUGAAACUGGCUUAAUAUUCCCACAACUAAACAACAUUUUGCUAGAGUCUUGUUCAAAGUUGUCAAGUUUCCACGCGGGAAGUGAUACCCUCAAGUUUCCAAUGUUGAAGAAAAUUACUGUAAAGAACUGUCUAAAGAGGGUUAGAUUUGCUUCCAAAUUUCCAAGUGACAAAGAGACAGAGAUAGCUAAUGGAAGAAGUGAGGAAGUGCAUGUCAAGGAAGAACCUGAUUUCUUCAUUGAGGCCUUUUUCUGUGAUGAGGUUGAGAUUCCUAACUUGGAGACAUUGAUUCUGUCCUCAAUCAAUACAAAGCAAAUUUGGAACAAUCAACUUUCAUCAAUAUCGUCAUUUGCUCAAAAUUUAACAAAGUUGAAGGUGGCCAAUUGUUCCAAUUUGAAGUAUCUGUUUACAUUCUCAAUGGUUAAAAAUUUUGCGCAACUUGAAGAACUCAGGAUUAGUGGAUGUGAGAUGAUGGAAGUGGUAAUAUUGAUAGAAGGGACAGUGGAAGAAGACAAGAUUUGCCAGACGGUGUUCCCCAAACUAGAGACGUUGACACUUAAUGACCUAUCCCAACUUGCAACAUUUUGCUCCAAUUGUGAUUCUCUAGGAAAAUUUUCUGACUCUGAAAGAGUCAAUUUUGAUACUGUAUCACAAAAACUACUAGCCACACAAUCGACUUGGGUGGAAACAGAAGCCACCAAGCUUGUAUUUUCUCAAGUGACAGAGCUAAUGCUUAGACUCUUGCCGAAAUUCAAGAGUUUCUUCCCUCAAAUGCAUAUCAGAGAAUGGCCAUCAUUGAAAAGUUUAGCUGUGAUCGAUUGCCAUGGAGCGCAAAUAGUUGCUUCAGAAUUUUCAAGCACUGAGAUGACACAUGGAGACAGCCAAGUUGAAAGGGAAUCUCAGCAUCUCAUGUUUUGGAUUAGCAAGGCUACAUUUCCUAGUCUAGAACGGCUGGCUGUGAAAUGGAAUGACAAUAUAAAGAUACAGUGUGGACAUAAUCCGGAGGAGUAUUUUGGUAAACUAAAGGUUCUGCACCUCCUUGGCUUUCCUAAGCAAUCGGCUUUUCUCCUGCCUUUCUUCUUCCACUCCCUGCCCAAUCUCGAAAAGCUUCUUGUGAAGGAUGCUUUCUUCGAUGAAAUAUUCCAAUGUGAAGAAGUUACUUGUGAGGAAAAACCUGUAUGUGGACGCACUCCAUUAAGUACAUUAAGAUUGUCCAAACUUCAUGAGCUAACACAUCUUUGGAAGGAAGAAUCCCAACUUGAAGUAGACAUUCUCAGAAACCUAGAAACUCUAAAAGUGCAGGAAUGUAGCAGAUUGAAGAAUUUAGUUCCCUCCACUGUAUAUUUCGACAAUUUGUUGACUCUAGUGGUAUCUGAGUGUCAUGGACUUGUCAAUUUAGUCAGAUACUCAACAGCAAAAAGCUUGAGGCAGCUCUAUGAAAUGAAAGUAGCCAAUUGUGAGAUGAUAGAAGAAAUUGUCGUAUGUUCAGGUGAUGCUGUGAAUGAUGGCAUUGUUUUCACUGAAUUGGAGUGUUUGCAACUUAAAGGUCUACCAAGACUAGAAAGCUUCUGCUCAGGGGAAUGCAACUUCAAAUUCCCAGGUUUGAAAAAGGUAAUUGUUACAGAGUGUCCAAAUAUGCAGAUUUUCUCUGAGGGAGAACUAAGCACACCAGAACUGCAUGAAGUGAAAUUGACAGGAGACAUGUAUGAAUACAUGGAUGAAGAUAUAGAUGAAGAUAUAGAGAAAAAAAUAGAUGAUACUUUUAAUAAAGAUGAAGACGAUGAAGUUGAAGAUGAAGUUGAAGAUGAAGGAAGUUGGCAGGGUAAUCUUAACAGCACUAUACAACAGUUGUUCAAGGAAAAGGUAUGCAUUAAUUGAUGAUUCCAAAGACUUCCUCAUUUUUAUUUUUUUUCAACCUUUGAAAGAUUUUUCUUCAACCUUUUCCUUAAUCAUUAGUUAAGAACAUGGUCAAAUUAAUUAAAGUAUCUCCUAAAUUAUGUUUUUUAUUUUAUUUGAGUAGUGUCCACUUCUACUAACGAUGUUCAAAACUAUCUAGAUAUGAUUAAUGGAUUAGAGUGCAAGGUCAUGGUAAUUUGAUGAACCUUUUUUUCUUUUAAUUUGCCAUGCUAAUCAAGGAAGCACUUUCAGUUAUAAGCCUUUUUACUACAUUUUUUGCUUUCCCCUUUCAACAUAUUAUUUUGAUGGUUAAAGAGUACUCGCAAUCCCAAAAAGGGCAAUGAAGAAAACAAUGAUCAUGACGCUAAAGAAGAUGGUAAUUAAUGGCUAUGAACAAGAGUGGAAUUUUAGGUGAUGUUUCUAUCUCUAUGUAUGAGAUUAUUCAUGGUCGUUGUAAACUAGGUCUUGUGUUUAUAUAUACUUGACAUCUUAGGCAUAAUCUUUAGAAAUCUUUCUAUACAAACAUAUCGCAUCUUUCUCAUAGCAUAAUGCCUAAUUAAGAUUUGAGGAAAGUAUUAGUAGUUAUUCUGCAAAGGAUAAUGAUAAUGGUGCUGAAGAUGGGUGCAACGAAUUCUUAGGUAUUAAUCGCACACUCGCAAGAAGCUAGAUUUUUGUGCCACCAAGUUCCCACAUUGCUUUGGCACUCAAAAGAAUCUUCAAUUUCUUAAAUUCAUGUGUGACAUGAUUAUCAAGUAGUUAAUUCUGGAAACCAUUAGAGACCACUUCAUUUCAUUUUUCUUGUUUUGUUUGUUUUAUUGUGUGAAAGAGAGCAUUUUAAUUUGUUGUGUAUCUUGAUUCAAAAAGAGAUGUGAUUUGUGAAUCAAUUAUGUCAUGUAUU